UGGGACGUAUCAAAGAAACGUUUGCCGUUAGGAGUUGCAUGGUGCGGGCCGUACCCGAUUGAAGCCCAGUUGGAAACUCCAAAAAAUUCUCAACUCAUUACAGAGGCUUCUUUAAACCCCCAUGUCUCUCUAAACUUCCAUCUUUAAACCCCUCUGCUUUCUCUCACUAGUUCCCAUAUUUGCUUCUCUCUCCGCAGAGGUCCAUUUACCAAAAUUAUGUAAGUCAGCGUAUCCAUCAAUAUCAUAUACCAUUAUACACACACACACACACACGCGCGCACAUAUUUCCCUAGGGUUUGUGGAAUGUCUGCGAAUCUCUUGAACACUAAAAAGGCCUUACUGAUGAUAUCUCUAAAGUGCAGCACGGUGGACCUUGGUCAAUGCACUACAACAAGUUCAAUGAAAUGAUGUUCCAUCACAGUUUGAGUCCAGAUAAGAAACACAAUGAUGGACCGGGAGAUAAGCUUGAUAUCUAUUUCAGCCAGAAUUUCAAAGAAAUCACAAUAUGUGCUAUGGUUGGUUCUUCUUUUUGUUCUUGUGGUAUUUGGACUGUACACAUGCUUUGUAAGCAUCAAGGGGAUAACUAUAUCAUUAAAACCAAAAGAAAUAUCCAUACCGCGGAGAGCUGGUGCAUCUUGUGAUCUUCAUGAAUUCCAACCUGAAGAAAUACGCCACGUCCAUUUUCCUCAACCGAAGACUUAUAGCAGGGAGGAGUGUGCAUGUACCCCAGUCCGGCUCUUUGUCAUUUUGUCCAUGCAGAGAUCUGGAAGCGGAUGGUUUGAAACCUUAUUGAACAGUCACCCUAACAUUAGUUCAAAUGGAGAAAUAUUUUCUGUAAAGCAAAGAAAGAGCAAUUUUUCAACAAUUGAAAAAACUUUAGAUAGUAUAUAUAACUUAGAGUGGAUCAGUAGUGCUGCAAAAAAUGAGUGUGUGGCUGCAGUUGGAUUCAAGUGGAUGCUGAACCAGGCUGUAAUGAAUUAUCACAGACAAAUAGCUAAUUACUUUAACUUGAGGGGGGUAUCCGUGAUUUUUAUUCUUCGGAGAAAUCUUUUGCGGAGGCUUGUAUCUGUGCUGGCUAAUGCUUAUGAUAGAAAUGCAAAGCAGAUUAAUGGUACCCACAAGUCUCAUGUGCAUACAAGGGAAGAGGCUGAUCUGCUGGCACAAUUCAAGCCCACACUCAAUGUCGGUUCGUUGAUAGAAGACCUCACCAAGGCUGAACGUAUGAUGGCAGAUUCCUUGGAGUACUUCAAGACCACUCCCCACAAGACACUGUAUUAUGAGGACCUUAUUAAAAACCCUAGGCUUAUGUCAGAAGCCCAAGAGUUUCUUAGAGUUCCUGUCAGAAAACUGAAGUCUUGCCAGGUGAAGAUCCACAUCAAACCCCUUUCUGAACAUAUCAACAAUUGGGAGGAUGUUAACAGAACCCUCAAAGGUUCACAGUAUGAGCAUUUUCUGCACAAUCCCGAUGAUAUUUCCUAGUUUUCCUUUUCUUUUUUGGGUUCUAAAUUGCUUUCAUUUGCGAGCAUUCUCCAUCAGCUGAUUAAUCCUAGUUUCCAUGGCUAACUUGUGUAAUCUUAUUUGAAGUAAACAGGAUUAGAUCUUUGUAGCCAGAAUCUACAAGUGUAUGUUUUUCCGGUGCAAGUGUUUCACAUACCAUAGUGCUGUUAGUUAAUGUUUCUUGUUCGACAGAUUACUGUAUGGUUUAGAAUGUUGCAUCAAUUUGCGUUCGCUAUACAUGUGUGUGUAUGUAUAUAUUUGUACAUAUGUUUGUAAUUGUAUUCAAGAGGUUGUAGAAGUUGGACCUUGAUAGAAAA